GUUUGCUCCUGAGUUCAGCAAAAUGGAGUUUGGGUCUGCAUUUCUAACUCUACAGAGCCAAAGAAACUUGAGCAAAGAGACUGCCAUAUGUAUUGUAUAGCAAUAACUUUCUGACUGUAAACAUCCUAGUUCACAGUAUUUAAUUUUGUAACAAUAUUUAUUAUAGUACUUUCAUACCUCAGUUUUUUGUUUACAUAUCAAAGUAACUAAUAGUUAGGGACCACCAAAAUUAGUAUCAUGGCUACAAUGGAAACAACAACAGUUAUGAUGGAGUUUAUAACAAGUGCAGUAGGAAAUAAGGCCUCUGGCCCUUUAGUGGCUUUCCUUUGGAUGCUGAUAUUGGGGUUCGUCAUCGCUUUUAUUCUGGCAUUCUCUGUGGGUGCCAAUGAUGUAGCAAAUUCAUUUGGAACGGCAGUGGGCUCUGGGGUGGUGACUCUACGGCAAGCUUGUAUCCUGGCAUCUAUCUUUGAGACAGUGGGCUCUGUUCUUCUGGGAGCCAAAGUGAGUGAGACCAUCCGGAAAGGGCUGAUCGAUGUUGAAAUGUACAACACUACGCAAGAGCUGUUGAUGGCUGGCUCCAUCAGUGCCAUGUUUGGUUCAGCUGUGUGGCAAUUAGUGGCUUCAUUUUUGAAACUUCCAAUUUCUGGUACCCAUUGUAUUGUUGGGGCAACGAUUGGCUUCUCACUGGUUGCCAAAGGACAGGAAGGAGUUAAGUGGUCAGAGCUGCUUAAAGUAGUGUUGUCCUGGUUCAUAUCUCCUCUUCUUUCUGGCAUCAUGUCUGCUGUCCUCUUCUUCCUUGUCCGUAUGUUCAUUCUCAGUAAGGCUGAUCCUGUUCCAAAUGGAUUGCGAGCAUUGCCUGUCUUCUAUGCUUGCACAAUUGGAAUCAAUCUCUUUUCUAUUAUGUACAGUGGUGCACCUUUGCUGGGCUUUGACAAAAUUCCUCUCUGGGGCAUCGUCCUCAUUUCAGCGGGGAGUGCUGUUGUCUGUGCUCUCAUCGUUUGGUUCUUUGUCUGUCCAAGAAUGAAGAAGAAAAUUGAACAGGAGAUCAAAUCGAGUCCUUCUGAGAGCCCCUUAAUGAAGAAGAAGAGUAGUCUGAAAGAACAGGAUGAAAUUAAAGCAGUCAUGGAUAACCAGAUUGGUGCUGAUGAUAGAAGCCCUGCAACUGAAGUAUCUGCUGCGCCACGCAGGGCAGCUGCAGAGGAAAGGAUGGUCUCAUUCAAUUUGGGAGACUUGGAGGAAGUUCCAGAGCGUGAGAGGCUCCCAAGGGCAGAGGUGAAGGAAACAAGCAUUGAUAGUGGAGCCAUGCAGCUUCCCAACGGGAACCUUGUUCAGUUCAACCAAGCUGUCAGCAGCAAUCAGAUAACCUCCAGUGGGCAUUAUCAUACAGUGCAUAAGGAUUCUGGCCUCUACAAGGAGCUGCUUCAUAAGCUUCACCUGGCUAAGGUGGGUGAUUGUAUGGGAGACUCCGGAGACAAGCCUCUGCGACGCAACAAUAGUUACACCUCUUAUACAAUGGCUAUCUGUGGCAUGCCUCUGGAUUCAUUCCGUGCUAAAGAUGCUGAGCCAAAAGGGGAAGAGAUGGAGAAGCUGACAUGGCCUGGGGGAGAUUCCAAGAAAAGGAUCAGAAUGGACAGUUACACCAGCUACUGUAAUGCUGUGGCAGAUGCCCACCCAACUGUUGUGGAUUUGAGAAAGGCAGAGAUGGGUAUUGGCAGCAGGAAAGGGAGCAGCAGUUCUCUGGAAGAGUGGCAUGACCAAGACAAGCCAGAAGUAUCCCUUCUCUUCCAGUUCCUGCAGAUCCUGACAGCUUGUUUUGGUUCCUUUGCACAUGGAGGAAAUGAUGUGAGCAAUGCUAUUGGUCCUUUGGUUGCUUUGUACCUUGUCUACCAAACGGGAGAUGUCGCUUCAAAGGUAGCAACUCCAAUUUGGCUGUUGUUGUAUGGAGGUGUUGGGAUCUGCACCGGCUUGUGGAUCUGGGGGAGAAGAGUCAUUCAGACCAUGGGGAAGGAUCUGACUCCUAUAACACCAUCUAGUGGCUUCAGCAUUGAAUUGGCAUCUGCUUUGACUGUGGUCAUCGCCUCCAACAUUGGUUUGCCUAUCAGCACAACUCACUGCAAAGUGGGAUCUGUGGUUUCCGUCGGCUGGCUGCGUUCCAAGAAGGCUGUGGACUGGCGCCUGUUCCGCAAUAUCUUCAUGGCCUGGUUUGUCACAGUCCCCAUUUCUGGCCUCAUCAGUGCUGCCAUCAUGGCGCUAUUCAAGUACCCCAUCCUUGGAGUAUGAAACAGAAGUGCUGAAAAACCUGUAGCUUGCUGCACAAGCGCCUGUCUGCAUAUCCUUGCCAAGUGCUGAAACAGUGUUAGGUGACUACCAAGUACAAGAGGGCAGGGUAUCUUUUGUGCUGUACCUGCUUUACAUGUGCUAUCUUGUCUUGGAACUAGCUAUGUCAAAUAGCUAUCAUGAGUCCUACUUCUCUUGGGCUGUGAAUUGUGUGUAUACAUUUCUAUACUCUUUUGUAUUGAGCUUUAACUUCAUUUGAUUAAUGUUGUCAGACGUAUCAUUCUCAAAUUUAUUCUUUGAAUUGAAUUUCAAAUCUGUCAAGCACAAUGACGAGGGAGGAGUAGCCUAGCAGAAAUGUGUGUGAGGAGCCACUUUUAUAAA